UGCCGGGCAAAAGGAGAGGAGGGGACAGGGCCGGAGGUCACCGCUCCCACCAGCCGCUGGGCACAGACAACAUGUGAUGCAGGUGGGGUUUUGGGAUGAUAUGGAAUGUGGCCAGCUGCCUUCAGAUGCCCUCCGACAGGUGAAGAUCCAGCGUGACCCCGUCUACGGAUUUGGCUUUGUAGCUGGCAGCGAGAGGCCUGUAGUGGUUCGCUCUGUGACACCAGGUGGACCUUCUGAGGAUAAACUUUUGGCAGGGGACCAGAUUUUGGCUAUUAACGAUGAAGAUGUGAGUGACGCCCCCAGAGAGAGAUUCAUAGAACUUGUGAGAGGUGCCAAGGAAGCAGUCAUCCUGACUGUGCUACAGACCCAUCAGUCCCCGAAGUCUGCUUUCAUCAGUGCGGCUAAAAAGGCAAAGCUGCGGUCCAACCCUGUGAAGGUGCGCUUUUCAGAACAGGUCACCAUUGGCGAGACCGAUCCAGACAUGCUGAAAAAGGAAGCGCUGCUCCUCAUUCCGAACGUGCUGAAGGUUUUCCUCGAGAAUGGGCAGAUCAAGUCUUUCACCUUCGAUGGCCGAACCACUGUCAAGGAUGUGAUGAUGACGCUGCAGGACCGGCUGUCCCUCAGGCACAUUGAGCACUUUUCCCUGGUCUUGGAGUACUCCAGCCCUGAGCAGAGCCAUAAGUUCCUCCUCCUGCAAGACAAGCAGCCCCUGGCCCAUGUGGUGCAAAGGACGCAUUACCAGGGCAUGCGCUGCCUGUUCCGGGUCAGCUUCUUUCCCAAAGACCCUGUGGAGCUGUUGCGGCGGGAUCCAGCAGCUUUUGAGUACCUGUACAUCCAGAGCCGCAAUGACGUGAUCCGAGAGCGAUUCGGAAUGGAGCCCAAGCCGGAGAUGCUGCUAGGCCUGACUGCCCUGCACAUUUACAUCACCGUCUCUGCCACACGGCCAAGCCAGAAAGUGUCCCUCAAAAAUGUUGAGAAGGAAUGGGGUCUGGAGCCCUUUCUGCCUCCGUCACUGUUGCAGGGCAUCAAAGACAAGAGCCUGCGGAAGUCUCUCUCCCAACAGUUGAAGGCCCACCAGAACCAGCCUCCAUGUGGCACCAAGGUCUCCACCACCCAAGCGAAGCUCCAAUACUUGCGCAUUCUGAAUGAGCUGCCAACCUUCGCAGGCGUCCUCUUCAACACAGUUGGACUGGAUGAGAAACAACCAGCUACGAUGCUUCUGGUGGGACCCCGCCACGGCAUCAGCCAUGUAAUCGACCUGAAGACCAACCUCACCACUGUGCUGUCAGAGUUCAGCAAGGUCAGCAAGAUCCAGCUCUUCAGGGAAAACCAGGGUGUGGCGCGAGUAGAAACAAGCAUUUUGGAUGCCAAGCCACUAGUGCUGCUGAUGGAGUGGCCGGAAGCCACCAACUUUGCCUGCCUCACUGCCGGCUACUGCCAGCUUCUGGUGGAUUCCAAGAGGAUGAUCUUCGCCCGGCCUGCCAGCCAACCGCCUCCACCCCCUCCAAUGAUCAAGGCAGAUUAUGCCAACGCGCCCGCCAACCACUGGCCUGCAGCAGCAGCGGCGCCCCUGGGAAAGAAAGAGAGCGGGUUCCUGGGUAGCGCUGUCUCCAGCCCCGGAGAAUGCAACUCCAGAGAUCCCGUGGCCUCGGAUUCGGAGCUCGUCAGCUUUUGCUACCUGCACAUGCGGGAGCAGAGGAAGGAGCGCAAGAGCCGGACGGACAUCAAUGAAAACCUGAUCUUCUUCGAGGAGUCUCGUCCACGGACCAAAUCAGAUCCCACGCCCAAGAGCUCCGGGCAAGACUGCAGCGGGGCCGCCCGUGACUAUGACCCGGAUGGCCUGGACCGGGAGCGCUGGGCCAACCGCGCCAGGGCACACACCGUGGGCAGUCACGGGCGCAGCCGCUCCGUGCAGUUUUACUGCGACUCUUGCAAGGCCAAAGUGAAGGGCAGGCAGCCGGCCUCUCGCAGAGGCGGCAAUCCCGGCACCGCUCGCGACAACGUGGUGGAUCUGAUGUCCCUUCCCCCUCCUGGGAGCGACGAGGAGGAGGACGAGACCACCGCUCUGCUCCCCGCCAUCGCCGCACCCCCUCCAGGCUUCCGGGAUAACAGCUCCGACGAGGAUGAUUCCAAGCGUCGGGCGGCGGCGGCGGCGGCAGCAGCAGCAGCAGCACAGGGCCAGGAGCAAGGUCGCCACCUCUGCGGCAUCCUCUAUGAUGAGAUCCCUGUGACACUCAUAGACAGCGUCCAGACAAGGACGGUCAGGGAUCACGCCCAGGAUCUGGACGAUGCUCUGGUCUCCACCUUGCAGGCCCUGGAAGCUCUGGCUGCCUCGGAGGACGGCCCGCAUCCUCCGCCCCAGCAGACCGCAGGCCUGAUCGUUCUGGCUGCCAUAACCCCUGAGUCAUCACUGGACUCCGGCCACGAAACCAACUCUUCGGAGAUCACGGACGUCUCGGAGGUAGUCUCGGCCAUGAAGCAGCACCAGAAUGCGGCCUUCUUCCUGGCCCAGCAUAUCAACAAGGAGAGCAUCCUGGCCAGGACAGAUCUUCCUUUCCGUAUCCAAGGCUGUGCUGCGCAAGCUGUCCUCGCUUCGCCUUACGCUCUCCACCACCAGGAAGCCAGCUCUUCCCCAAAGCUGGCCAUCUCAAACCCCAACCCCAACCCGCCCUGCGGUAGGAGCAAGCAAGAUCCCCCGCCGCUGAAUAGAAGCCACACCUUGGCCAUCCAGCCAGUGUUCCCCCAGCAGCUCAGCGAGCCCAAGUGUAAAGGUGUGCUGAUGCCGGCGCCCGAGCGCAAGGCCCCCGAUCCCCCCAUGGCAGCCUUCGAGGUGUCCUUGCAUGGCACAGAGCAGGUGCAGGGGCGGCUGGACAAGAAGCCCACUGAAGUCCGGCUCAGCCCUCAGCUAGUCCUAGGUGGCCGGAGUGGGGCCGCUCCUGCCAUCAUUUCGGCUGCUCUGCAGCAAGUGGUCGGCCACAAGGCCUCCCCUUCCUCAGCAGAGUCUCCAAAUGGAAGCGUAGCUCUCAGUGGGGGCCGUGGCUGCAGGCGACAAGGUGGCGGCAGCAGCAGCAAGCCUUGUCGUCAUCCGGGGAUGACCUCUGUGAGCCAGCCUUGCCCGGAGCCUCCUAAGGGCUCCCAGAAGCAGCCAGGGGAGGCCUUUCCGUGGCCUAGAGCCUCCCAAGGCAGCCUGCCAGAUGCUCCCCCUCCCUCCCCUGUAGGUGCCGAUAGGCCACCCCCCAAGAGUGGCCAGCCGAAAGGCAGCCAGGAGCCUGCAGAGCAGGGUGGGGGGGAGGCUGCCAGCCCAGGCGGCGAGAAACAGACUGUUCUCCUAGGAGAAAAAGGACAGCCUGAGACGUGUGCCGAGAGCCUCCCAGGGGAGGCAAGCAGCCUCCGGUCCCCAGCAGCCAAGAGCGGAAGCGUUUUCAGGAGCCCUGGAGGCGAGCAGCCAAAAGGGCCGGUCCAGCUGGGGCCCAGGGCCGAGGGGGUGGCCACCAGCACCACUGUGCCUUCGAGAAAACCCGAGAAGGUCCCAGAGGUCGGGCCGCAGGACCCCGACAUCCCAGCUAAGCCCAAAGUCCCCAAGGCCUCGCUCCGGCUGAGGAAACUGUUUUCCGCCACUUUCCCCACGCGGCUCAAGAAAGAGACCGACGAACGGCAGGCGCAGCUGCAGAAAGUGAAACAGUACGAGCUGGAGUUCCUGGAAGAGCUGCUCAGGCCAAAGGCGAAGGGGGACCCCGUCCCGCCGGACUGCCUGCUGCCCUCGGCCCCGGGGCGCUGCGCCUGCCAGCUGAAGACCAGCCCUGUGCAGAAAGUGCCUGGGAUGUCCCGGGAGCAGCGGCGGAGCUGCGACUGCAAGCGUCUCAGCCGGGGGGCAAGGCCCCAACCCAGCCAGCUAACGGCACCAGCGCUGGAAAGGCGAGGGAGGGAGAGACCCCAGGAGCCGCCAGCAGAGGCGCUUGGAGGCACCGGCCUCAGAAGCCCUUCGAAGGGCAGCCGGAUCAGGUCCACAAGCCUGGAGUCCAGGGACUGCCGGUCCGAGCCUGAGAACAGCUUGUCCUGCCUCACCACCUGUGCCUCUCGCGGGGAGUGCCUUGGGGCCCCGCACUACAAGAAGCUGAUGCGGCGCUACAGUGUCAGUGAAAUCGACAAGGCCUCCGACACCUACCAGAGCGCUUAUCCAGCCAAGCAGAAAUCCUGGCAGAAGGAGAGCGAAGCUGUGCCCCAGGCCCUGCCGUUGAAGGGCAAAGGCCCGGAGCCGCCCCCGCCGCCCCCCGCCACGGAGGCAGACCCCCCUUCCUACGUCCAGGUCACAGCGCAGGAGAAGAAGGGUCCCCCCGCCUUCUCGCUCCAGGAGGACAUGUACCCGAGCCACGCCGAGCUGCCGGAGGAGGACACCGAAGACGGCGAGAGGUGCUGCUCCAUCCGGUACUGCUUCUACUAUCGGAAGUGCGACAUGGCCGACGACGGGAGCGAGAGGGACGAGCUGUCCUACUCCAUCCCUGUGCAAAUCCUCCCGGGCAUGAAACUCGACAGCCAGGCUGUGCCAGUGGUCAGCAGGACCCUCCAGGUCCUCGAUGCCACCGCCUGCAUCAGCCCUGACGACAACCAGACCCAGGAGAUCGACCUGCGCACCUCCACCUUCGAGGGCAGCCUGGCCAAGAUCCACGCCCUGCGAGGCCGCACCUACGCACUGCCGGACGGCUUCCUGGCCGUGCAGCUGGACACCAGUGAGCUCUUGACCGUCCUGCGGCAGUGCGUGGUGAACCCCGAGGUGCGGGAGGGCAAGCCCUACCUCCCGCAGCUGAUUGAGUACAAGCAGGAGCUGGCUCUCCAAUUCAAGGAGUUCCGGGCUUCCUGCCGGAGGGUCGCCGCCGUUGACAAGAGCCCCACCCGCAUGCUCUCGGCCAUCACUAGCAGCUUCCACGUGCUGGGCAGCUUGAUCGAGACCUUUGUGCGGCUGGUGUUCGUGGUGCGCUCGGAGUCUCAGCGCCAGGCUCUGCUGGCCAAAGUGGAGGAGGUGGUGCGGAACUAUACCUUCUUGUUGAGGGCAGCCGAGGAGUCCACGGCUAGAACAGCCGGUCACCGGGCCGGGGACCAGGCGGCCGAGCAGCUGGGGCGGCAGUCGGUGUCCUCGGUUAUGAGCUCGCUCACACGCUCCUUCAAGACGCUGAUCAAUAAGUGAGGCGCAAGCCGGCACGGUUCGCUUCGCGCCGGGGUUCCGAGAGCGAGAUCCCGACCGUGCUGUGGGCAGUCGGUGGAGCCUAGAGAAGAAAUGCAGGAGCAGGAGCCACUCGCCCGUAGCCUCCAGUGCUGUGCUGCAUGUUUUAGAUGCUGCCUGCCCUGGGUGGAAAGACCCUGCUGCCCACACGUGCGGUCCUGACUCUUCCUAUGGCAAAGGCGGGUGGCCGCCAGCACCUCUGGCAUCAUGAAUGUAUGGGACAGAGUCCAGGCCCCUUGCUUUUCCCCUGGUGCGGGGUCAGCCUGGAGCCAUCGCCUUGUGCCUCCAAAGUCUCACGCAUCAUCAAUGUGGCCCUGAGCCUCCCUGCAGCGGCGCACUGGCCAGGUUCCAAGAUUUCAGCCUGCUGGCAAGUUCUGGGUAUAUUUAAGAAGGGCCUUUUGACGUGCGUGAGCAGGAGAGGGAUCUUCCCCUCUUUCUAGGCUGGGCGCACGAGCUGGA